GCUGCUGACGUCAGAGCGAAGGCGGAAAACAGAAGGAACUGCGCAGCAGAUUAUCAGGGACCGAUAUAUCUAUCAAUAACCGAUAUUCAUCCAUUACUGAUAUCAGAAACAGCUCCGUGACGUCAAGGGGAGAUGAGCUGCGCAGGUGCAGAGCUAAGGAUCAAUUUCAGCCCGGGCCGUGUGCAGCUGGUUCAGGAGGAAGUCUUGGUCCCUGCUCAGAGGGUCCUGGUUACCGGGGCGACAGGUCUUCUAGGUAGAGCAGUCUGUAGAGAGUUUCAGAAUGGUGGCUGGUCGGUCAUUGGGACGGGGUUUAGGAGAGCCAGGCCCCGCCUCCUCCGCUGUGACCUCACAGACGAGGAUGCCGUCAGAGGACUGCUGCAGGAGUACACGCCAGAUGUGAUAGUACACUGUGCAGCAGAGAGACGUCCUGAUGUCGUGGAGAGACACACUGAAGCAGCCGUGAACCUCAACGUACACGCCACGAGCACGCUCGCCAAGGAGGCCGCUGCUUGCGGUGCAUUCUUCAUCUACAUCAGCAGUGAUUACGUGUUUGACGGCAGGAAUCCUCCUUAUGGCGAGGACGACAGUCCUAACCCUCUGAACGUUUACGGACGCAGCAAGCUAGAGGGAGAAAGAGAGACACUCAGACACUGUCCAGGUGCGGUGGUGCUGCGGGUACCUGUCCUGUUUGGGGAGGUGGAGUCGGUCAUGGAGAGUGCUGUGACGGCUCUGUGGACGAAGGUUGAGACAACAGAAAGUUGCACUUUGGAUCACUGCCAGCAGCGAUUCCCCACGGACACACGAGACGUUGCUGCUGUCUGCAGGAAACUCUCCGAGAGAGCGAGACAGGACCCGUCUAUCAGAGGAGUGUUUCAUUUCUCUGGGAAGGAGCAGAAGACAAAAUAUGAGAUGGCCAUCUCCAUUGCUCAGGCGUUCAACCUCCUGUCUCACCACCUCAUACCUCUAACGGAGCAGCCUGCAGCUGCAGCAGCUCUUCGUCCAAUCAACAGUCAGCUAAACUGCUCUCGCCUAGAGCUGCUCGACCUCAGCGUAACACCACGACCUUUCACCUCUGCCAUCACUGAUGCCCUGUGGCCGUUCAUGCCUGACAAACGCUGGAGACAGACCGUCUUCCACUGAGAGAAGACGGGUAGAGACCAACAGACAGACAGACAGACAGGUACAAACAAACAGACAGACAGACAGACAGGCAGGCAGGUGCAGAUAGAGAGAGAGAGAGAGAGAGAGAGAGAGAGAGAGGUGGACAUUCCUCUUGCCACACUCAGUGAUGUCACAUUUUAGGCUCCUCCCCCUUAAUUUUGACGUUAUAAUCAAUCAGACAACAUGGAGCCAAUCAAAGGUUUUAUGAGGACAGAACCUGCCCACUACUACGUUUCCCAGAAUCCUCUAGGUUCAGCAGGUUGGUCUCAGGUAAAUUAUCACCUGUAGAACAAGAUUAGAACUCUGUGAUGUCACACACUGAUUGCCCACCUGCUGAUUGACAUCUAUACGGGUGGAGCCUGAGGUGAGACAUCAUGCUGCACAAGGAGAGAGAGGACAGUUGGUCCUAUGUAAAGUAAUGUUUUUUCGUUGAAUUUCGUUUAUAAUUCGGAUGUUUGUUUGUAGUAAUUAUCAGAUAGUCCCUGAGGUGUACAUAGAGGUUAAAAUCAGAUUAUAGUCUUUGAAUUUACGUAAGAGCUUCCUAAAAAAACCUGGCGAUGUAAAGAAAAAACACCAUGUGUGUUAGUCUAAGGUUUCUGUUCCAGCUCUUUGUUUUGUAAAUAAUGUCUUCAUGUCAAAUAAAAUCAUGAACCUGUGCA